GCUCUGGCUCAGUCAUAACCGUUUGACCGGCGAACUUCCUGCGGAGCUGGGCCGGCUCCGGGAGCUCCUCGUGCUCGACGUUUCCAAGAAUCGGCUCUCGGGCGAACUUCCCGGAGAGCUGGGUCGGAUCGAAGGGCUGAGAGUGCUGGAUGAGGUGGGCCAACUGCAGCGGCUACGCAUACUCUUGUUGCAGAAGAACUUUCUUCAGCAGCUUCCGCCCGUCAUAGACAUGCCGGCAUUGGAGGUGUUGGAUGCCAGCAGCAACUCUUUGACUGGGGAGCUUGGACUCGGGAUGCUUCGAUCCAUCGAUCAUCUCGAACGCCUGGACUUGAGCCACAACUUGCUGACGGGGAGCAUCUCCGCUUUCGUCAGUGGCUUCUGUGCCUGGCGGUCGGGGUUCUCCGGCGGAAUGCUGAAGGAGUUGCGGCUGAACCACAAUCGGUUCACUGGGGAGAUUCCCUCAUGCUUGCUGCAGCUUCAAGACUUGGAGUUUCUAACCUUGAAGCUUUACUGCUCCUAG